CCUCGUAUCUUUUAAGAAAAGAAAACAUUUUGUUCUUUGUAUUGUUACAGUUUAUAUAUUUCUUAUAUAGAGCAAUGGGAUUACCUUGGAAAGUUUUAAUAGUUAUUGCUGUGGUCAUUGCUGCUCUUUGUCAAAUAGAAGUCACUCAAAAUAAAUGGGUAAUAUCUAAGGCUAUUUCUCUUAAGUCUUCAUUGGAGGAUACGUAUAGCUUCAUAACUUCUUUGGAUUAUGUUGAUAAGUGGUUUCCUUUUGUAUCCCGAGUUAGAGAAGCUGAUGGGAGACCUCUGGGGAUCGGCAGAAAAUUAUAUGCAGUUUAUGACAUUCCUGGUUAUGGUGAAUAUUUAAUGCUCUAUAAAGUUACUGAGUAUAAUAGAGGCAAGCUUAUUGCUAUUGAAGGGGAAAAUUUACUAAAGCCGAGAAUUGAAUUUCGGUUUGUCAAAAUAAAAGAAGCUGAAACUAAAUUGUUGAUAGUUAUUACUUUCAGAAGAUUAAGUUAUUUUUUCCAGUAUACAAUUGCACCUAUUUUGAACUUUUUAGUGAAUCAAAAACUACAACAUUCUUUAUUCUUACUGAAAUCUGUUUUUCCUUACUAAACAAGAAAACAGUUGAAGUUGGUUAAAUAAAUUGAUGGAGGAUUACUAUUUUGCAUUUUGUGUCACAAAGUAGAAAAUGCACUGAUGAUAUUUAAGAAACCGACUGAUAAAUCACAAUAUUUCUUAGGCGCAUCAAUUAAGCUGUAAAAAAUAUAUAUUUAUGUAUAUUUGAAAAUGUUUAAUGUAAGCACAUUUAUUUUAACCGUGAAACAAUUAGAUACCACAUUUUUUUAAUACACUAGUUUCUGUUUUCUUGACUUGUCAUACUGUAAACAAUAUUUAUUAACUUUAUUUUGACCUGAGUAGAUGUUUCAUGUGGUUUUAAAUAAAUGUUUUACUUAUUUUACUUUAAAAAUUAUAUUUAAGUACAAUAUUUUGAUUGACUGUAAAUUUAGCUAAAUGCUGUUUGCUCAAAGAAAUAUAUGUAGAAUGCAUAUUUUUAAUCUCUAAAAUUUCUCAAUAUGUUUAAUUGUCCACUGUAUUCAUUAUUAUAUGACAGUUUAAUAAUACAUUUUC